AUGACGGGGGGGAACAAACAAAAGAGAUAUGCUCUGAUUGGCACAGGGGGUCGUUCGUCCUUCUUCUACACAGCGAUAGCGACGACCUACAAGGAGACCUCUGUUGUUGUAGCGCUAUGCGACACCAACCAGACACGACUGGACUUUGCGAACUCACAGUUGGAAUCUCUCGGCCAUGCCAAGGUUCCCACUUUCAAAGCGUCAGAUUUCGACCGAAUGAUUCGAGACACGAAACCAGAUGAGGUCAUCGUAACAACCAUCGAUCGCACACACAACAUCUACAUUGUUCGCGCGCUGGAACUAGGGUGCAAUGUUGUAACGGAGAAACCCAUGACUAUUGACGCACCACGGUGUCGUGAGAUCUUCGAUGCUGUUGAGCGAACGGGCAAGAAAGUACGCGUUACGUUCAACUACCGCUACGCACCGCACAACACAAAGGUCUGGGAACUUCUUCGUUCUGGUGCAAUUGGAAGGGUGACGAGCAUACACUUCGAAUGGAUGCUCAACACGUCGCAUGGCGCAGACUACUUCCGCCGCUGGCACCGGGAUAAGCGUAAUAGCGGUGGGCUACUCGUCCACAAAUCAACCCAUCACUUCGACCUCGUCAAUUUCUGGUUAUCCUCGCGUCCGGAAACUGUGUACGCGCAGGGAAAUCUGAACUUCUACGGGCGAGAGAACGCUGAGAAGCGAGGCGUUCAAGACUUCUACACAAGAGCCCAUGGCAGUGAGGUGGCGAAGAAAGAUCCAUUCGCACUGCACAUGGACCAAAAUGAGAAACUGAAGAAGAUGUACCUCGAUGCCGAGCACGAAGACGCAUACUAUCGCGAUCAAAGCGUCUUCGGCGACGGCAUAAGCAUAGAAGAUACAAUGAACCUCCUGGUAAAGUAUGAGAACGGUGCGGUACUCACCUACUCCCUGACUGCAUACGCACCAUGGGAAGGCUUCCGCGUGUCGUUCAACGGCACUGGGGGCCGUGUGGAAAUGGAAGUCGUCGAGAACAGCUACGUGAACAGCGGAGGUGACCAAUCGCUCGAGGGAUCACUCGAAAAGCGAUCGAUCACACUCAGAAAGCUGUUUGAGAAGCCUGAGGACAUAGAGAUCCCUGAUUCUGUUGGGGCGCAUGGCGGAGGCGACGAGGUCCUGCUAGCAGAUUUGUUUGGUGAGCAAGGUGCGGAGAUCGACCAGGAUAUGAGAGCUGCUAGUCACGUUGACGAAUUUCCCCACAUCAGGAUAGAUUAUUUCCGUCAGCAACCGGAGCACAAGGCGCCCUUAAUACUGCUGCGACUAGAGAGAUUUUAUUAUCGUGUCAACUUUGCUAAGGGUAUCCUCGAGAGUAGCAAUGUCACUUACGACAGAAGCAUGCGCAAACUGGCUAAGGCGCUCCCUCUUGACACACCAACCUUGAUUGAAUUAGUGCCAGGAAACAGUAUCAGGGUAACUCUUAUCGAUGCGAACCAUUGCGUCGGUGCCGUCAUGUUUCUGAUCGAGGGCAAUGGUAAAGCAAUACUGUACACCGGCGAUAUCCGUGCGGAGGAAUGGUGGGUAAACUCAAUAGUACAAAACCCAGUACUAUUGCCAUAUUCACUCGGAAACCGAGAGCUUGAUUGCAUGUAUUUGGACACGACUUUCGCUACGAAAAAGGAGCCCUAUCGACAAUUUCCGAGUAAAGCACAAGGCAUACAAGAGCUGCUGGACAAGGUGGGUGAGUAUCCGCGCGAUACAAUCUUUUACUUCCAUUCUUGGACGUUUGGAUAUGAGAACGUAUGGAUAGCACUCUCUGCAUUCCUACACUCGCGCAUACACCUUGACGAGUACCGAGCGCGUGUAUACGGUUCAUUGUCUACGCUAGAUAAGCGGCAAUUGCGAGAAGCAGGCCUCGAUGUCCCAGCAAGUAACAAGCCGCUUCAAGAAUCUGGACUGGAGAUCCGCGAGGCUCCUGCUUUAUGCGGUUUUAGGAAUGGAAAUCACAUACAACCGGGUUGUCUGACGUCUCAGGAGGACGUCCGCAUUCAUAGUUGUGAGCGUGGCAUGGGUUGUUCUGUCCUGGACCGCGAUUCGAACGCAGAGAUCAUACACAUCAUCCCCAUCGUUACGCGCACCGACGGAGUGGAUAUCGCCGAACUAGGCGCUGGAGGUGGCAAGGGCGAUCUCGAUCAGAAAGAAGAGCUAGAGUCUGGUGGAGUGGGCGGCAUGAACAAGUUAUUGGAGCUCUGUGCUGCAUCCAUAGACGAUGAGCGUUUGCUCGCGAAAGUAGUUGCGUUGGUACGGCGUACUCUCAUCGAAGAUGGUAAACUCGACCUCGACAUGCAGCUUCAAAAGCACAUUCAUGACACGCAAGACGACGUGUCUUUGGAAACUCUCGUCUCUAUAUUGUCAUCUAAUGCUUUAAAAGACUCCGGAAUGGAACUGCCGUCUAACAAGACGAUUCGAUUUCCAUACAGCCGCCAUUCUUCAUACUCCGAACUUCGUGGCUUUGUUAGGGUCUUCAGUCCUAGAGAUAUAUUUCCAUGCACUGUUGACGAUGUUCAUUGGACACCCGAGCUUAGCAUGCGAAAUCUGUUUGGCGAUUUGUGCUCGGCUGACCUUUUUCGCCACGAUACCAUAAUGAUGGAGAUUUUCGAAGCAAGAUUAGCCUUCGAGGGCCGACAAAAGCGAUACAGAGGAGAGAACCAAGCGGAUACGCAAAUGACUGAUGAUGGGGCCCAUGAACGGCAUGUCAUACUCCCUACCUCGAACGACCUCGCUUCAAGCACGCCGACCAAAUCAGGAAGCUUUGGGGUUCGGAGGGUUCUUCCUACAUCAGAAACACCUUUUGCGCAUAUUUUUCGUCAGGAAGUGACCGAUCAAACUCCAGAAGAUCAAUCUAUCCACUUUUCAUCGGUGGCCAAACAGCACACCACGGCUUCCGAUUCUUCCUCUAGGAUAGAUUUACUGGCACCCAGCUUACACAAAAGGCGACGAAAGACAAAUCGGGAACUUGCUUACGACGCAGCAAUUGGAGCCGAUGGUCUUUCUUGGAGCGACUAUGGUGGUUUAGUUUCAACCAGAAGCAGGGCCGUCCAAGAUGAGCCAGAGCUCUGA